GGAGGCGUUAGGGUCCGUUUCUGUUGGUGUUGUUUUUCUCUUCUUCUUCUUCUUCUUCUUUGUGUUUCCCUGCAGCCAGCAUGAUCGCGAACGUGGCGUCCCGCAGGGUUUUGCUCGGGAAAACUCCUCGUGCACGCGCGUGGGCGCUUGCUGCGACCGGUCGCGCCAUCCACGUGGACGCGCCGCCGAUCGUCCCCACGCUGACGAGCAGUUACGCGCACGGCACGUCGUCCUCCUCGCUGCUCGACGUCACCGUCGGCGACGCGCUCGACCGGGCGGCCGACAGGUGGCCCGACAGGGAGGCCGCCGUCUUCGUACGGGACGGCGUGCGCAAGACCUUCGCACAAUUUCACCGAGACGUGGAGCGCGCGGCGGCCGGCCUCCUGUGCCUGGGCCUGCGGCGAGGCGAGCGCCUGGGCAUGUGGGGGCCCAACACGUACGAGUGGCUCCUGUUCCAGUUCGCCACGGCCAAGGCGGGCAUCAUCACGGUCUCCGUCAACCCGGCCUAUCAGGCGGAGGAGGCGGAGUUUGCACUGAGGAAGGUGGGUUGUAAAGCGGUGGUGUGUCCCGAGGCAUUCAAGACCCAAAAGUACUGCGACAUGUUGCGGCUCAUCUGUCCUGAGAUUCCGGCGUGCCCGCCCGGAGACAUCCGGAGCGCCCGACUUCCCGACCUUCGCUCCGUGAUCGUCCUGGACAGCCGGCAGCCCGGAAUGUUCCACCUGGACGACGUGAUGCAGGCGGGCGACAACCGCUUCCUGCGCCGGCUGCACGAGAUCGGCAAGAAAUUGUUGUGCGACGAUCCCGUCAACAUCCUGUUCACCUCGGGAACGACGGGCCGUCCCAAAGGCGCCACCCUGACGCAUCACAACGUGGUCAACAACGCGUUCUUCGUGGGCAAGCGUGUCGGCUUCGACUGGCGGCCCGCCACGCGAGUCUGCCUCCCCGUGCCGCUCUACCACUGCUUCGGCUCGGUAGGGGGCGGCAUCUGUAUGGCCGUCCACGGCCUCUCGCUGGUCUUCCCUUCGCCCGAGUACAGCGGGAAAGACAACCUGGCCGCCAUGCAGAGCGAGAAGUGCACGUUCGUGUACGGCACGCCCACCAUGUACGUGGACAUGACAACCCAGCCCGACGUGCGCCGCUUUGACCUGUCGUCUGUUGUCGGAGGCAUCAUCGCGGGCUCACCGUGCCCCCCUGAGCUGGUUCAGAGCGUCAUGUCCGUCAUGGGCAUCAAGGAAGUGACGGUGGAGCUUCUCCACGUAGCGGCCGAAGCUGCGGAAGGCGCGGUCCGGGAUGCUCUUCAUGGGGUUCCUGCCCAGCGCCAGCUCUUCCACCACGCGCAGUUUGCUCAUGGCGGCGGCGGGAUAGGCAGCCAGCUCGUUGCGGUCCAGGUGAAGCGCGGCCAGGUUCUCCACGUCGUCCAGGGACCCGGCGUUGAGCGCGCUCAGCUCGUUGCCGCUGAGGUGCAGCCAGCGCAGGUCCUUGGCGCCGGCGAAGGUGCCGGCACGGAGCUGGCGCAGCUUGUUGUCGUCCAGACGCAGCACGAAAAGGUUGACCAGAGGCGAGAAGAUCCCUUUGGCCAGCUCGCCGAUGCGGUUGUGGUCCAGGUGGAGGUAGGUGAGCCGGGUCAGGUCUCGGAAGGCGUCGGGUUGGAUGCUGCUGAUGUGGUUGUGCGACAGGUAGAGGUAGACCAGCUGGGUCAGGCCCUUGAAGGCGUUGGCGGCGAUGCGGCGCAGCUGGCAGCGCUGCAUGUGCAGCGACACCAGGCCGCCGCUCUCCCCGAAGGCGGCGCUCGGAACGACGCCCAGGGGGUUCCUCUGCAGGUUGAGCAGCCGCGUGGAUUCGGACACGCGCGGGAUCUUCUUCAGGCCCGCGCCGUCGCAGAUGACGUGCUGCAGGUCGCCGUGGCAGCGGCACGGGGCCGGGCACUGGCCGGGCGCCCCCCCGACCAUCAGGACGCUCCCCAACAGCAGCAGGCAGCCGACGCGGCGCAUGUCUCGUCCUCGCGCGCAGUGAGCGGGCUGCUGCCGGGCCGCGGGGAAAAGGCGGGUGGGCGGCGGCCACGCUCCGGGGGGACGUCCCCCCUCGCCAGAACACUCGCCGCUAUUGUUUGGCUCCCGCCCGGGAAAGAUCGGCUACGGCGCUACAGAGAACAGCCCUGUCACCUUUUGUGGCUCGCCGCUGGACAACCUGCACAGGAAGUGCGAGACGGUCGGAUACAUCAUGGACCACACCGAGGCCAAAAUCGUGAACCCGUCCAGCGGCCGGCCGGUUCCUUUGGGUUCGUCCGGCGAGAUCCUGAUCCGAGGAUAUUGCGUCAUGUCGGAGUACUGGAACGACCCGGACAAAACCGACGAGUGCAUCGGAAAAGACGGCUGGUACAAGACCGGGGACAUCGGCCGCCUGGAUGCGUUCGGCUACUGCCGCGUCGAAGGUCGCAUCAAGGAUCUCAUCAUCAGAGGAGGCGAAAACGUUUACCCGGCAGAAAUCGAGCAGUUCCUGCACACGCACCCCAAAGUCAAAGAAGUGCAGGUGGUGGGCGUGGAGGACGCCCGCAUGAGCGAGGAGAUUUGCGCCUGCAUCAAAGUGAAGGACGGACAGCAGUUAACCGAGGACGACGUCAAGACUUUCUGCAGAGGAAAGAUUUCUCACUUCAAGAUUCCGCGCUACGUGGUGUUCGUCGGCAGCUUUCCGCUCACCGUCACCGGAAAGGUCCAGAAACGGGAACUGCGUCUGCAGGUCGAGGAGCAGCUGGGACUCGGGAAGGCCAAGUGAGCGUCUUUCACGUCAAAACGUGAUCUCCGCGUGACAGCUGUCAAUCAUCUUGCCCAUCGAGAAUAAAUCAAUGUGAAUGCCAAACAUCCUCAAGUUACUCCAGUCGUGAUUUGAACGCCAACCUGUUACUAGUUUGCUGUCACCUGUCACUAGUUACCUAUCACCACUCACUGUACACCAGCUAGCUGUCACCUUGCACUAGUUGGCACUUGGCUGGCACUUGUCACCAAUUAUCUGACACCAGACACUAGGUAGCUGUCAUUUGUUACCCGUCACUAGUUAGUUGUCACCUGACAGCUGUCCCCUGUCGCCAGUUAGCUGUCAUAUGUAAACUGUUACCAGUAAGCU